CUUGCUGUUUCUGCCUCUGCUUAAACCCCAUCCCUAGUUCUUAAUCAUGAACAGCAUCCAGCUAAAUGAGUACAGCCAUAAUGGGUUUACCUUAACCGAGCCAGAAGAAAUCUUGGAGAUCAUUUGUGAAAACCAUGCUCCUGAAAACCAUCCCAAGUUUGAUGUCCGUUCUCUUUUCUUCAUCACUGAAAACAUCAUCAAGCAUUCGACACAUACCUCAAUCGUAUCGAAAAGUGAUGAGAUCAAGCCCCAAAACUUCGAUAACUUCAUCUCCCCACUGUGCGCUCUCAAGUCCAUUGGAUGCGAGAUGUCAUGUAAGGCUGUACGUGAAAAUAGUGCCCAAACCACAACCCUAGGAAUAUUUGGAAAGCUAACCAAGUAUUCAUGGGAAGCGAAAGCAGUGCUGGCCCUAGCAGCCUUUGCUAUGGAAUAUGGAAAUUCCUGGCUCCUUUCCCAGCUUUACCCCCAGUCUGACCAGCUUACCACUGCACUCGCAAUCCUUAAUCGCGUUCCACUCCUUCUCAAUUCCACUGCAAAUUUUAAGAAACAGCAGGGAACAGUGGUUGAGCUCAACAAAACAAUCAAUGCGACGCUGCAAGUGAUUAAGUGCAUCCUUAAGCUAGACGAACUUUCUGCACAUAUUGAUCCAAACCAUGCAUCAUUGAAGAGUGCAAAAAAGGAUGUCCCAAUAAAUACAUAUUGGUCAAUCUUAACCAUCGUAUCUUGCGCCACGGAGGUCUUCUAUCUUACUAGAGAUGAAGAGAAGCCACAAGCUGUUUCAAUUCUAUCCCACUUUGUUACUAAAAGAAUCAACGACAUCCUAGCCAAGCUUAAGAGACAGCUUACAAUCUGUCAAAAAGAAAUAGAUGAGCCAAAGAUCUAUUGCAAGCUCCUGAAACAUGUAGCCCAUGCUCCUCGUAAAAUUACGCAUGUCUUCAAUACUCUGAUUCUUUUCAAGGAUAAUGCUUAUGCGAAGCCAGCAACCCUUAGUGUCGGUUACACCAACAAGGAGGUUUUUGACAUCGACGUGCUGGACGGAAAGUACAUAACAUUUUACAUUUCGACACUAGACAAUGUUUCUCAAAAAGAUAUUGUAAGUCUUAAAGAAGUUUAUGAGGGAACUGAAAACAACAAGUGUAAGAUUGUGUGGAUUCCUAUUGUGGAGGACUGGACUGAAUAUGGAAGAGAGGAGCAGUUUAUGGAAUGGAGGUCUAAGAUGCCGUGGUACGCAGUGCAGUAUUUAUCGCCUGCAACAAUCAAGUACAUCAAGGAGGAGUGGUACUUUCAGAAUAAACCUUUGUCGGUGCUGAUGAACCCACAUGGAGACGUUGAAAAUCUGAAUGCACUCAACUGGAUUCGGAUACAUGGAAUCAAUUUCUUUGCUUUCCGAAAUAUUAAUGUCAAGACAUGGAUUGCGUCUGUAAUGCAAGAACUUAUGACCCCGGCAUUAGAUACCUGGAUGAAAGAGGGAGAAUACAUUUUCUUCUAUGGAGGCACAGAUGACUACUCGAUGGAGCAGUUCAGAAUGAAAGCAAACUCCGCGAAGGUUUCCAUCCUGGAGGAAUUAAAAAUCCAUAUCAAGUUAUUUUGUGUGGGGAAAAUGGAAAAAGGAAGAAGCUUUUCAGAUGAGUCAAAUGCUGGGCGGUUCUGGUCAAGCAUACAAAGCUUGUUGUCUACGUUAUCUGAUUAUAAGCUGCAUGGGGAGCACACGGCCUUGAGAAAACAAGUCCACAAGCUACUUUCCUACAAAAACGAUGAAAGUGGAUGGUGUGUGCUUAGCAAAGGGUCUAGUGUCGUCACCAGUGGUCAUGGCUGGGCAAUUGCCAAGGUCUUGGAUGAAUUUGACCAGUGGAAGCAACAGAUUUCACAUGAAAGGAGCUUUGGAACGUGUUUCCAAGUUUACCACGAGAAGGUUAUAGCUCAGACUACAACCUCUGGUGCCCACUCUGCCGGCUGCAGCUUUGGCAAUGCUAGAAACAUGGAGUGUUGCCCAGUCUGUAAGACUCCCAUCGAGGCAACAUUGGUCAGCUAUAAGUGCUGUCGCAUGUGCAAUCUCACUCCCUACUAAUUGUCACCAUGCAAUUGGUACUAGAUGCGACCGAGGGAGGGUACCAACUCCAUCCAGGGUUCAGAGUUCAUAGUUCAUAUUUGCAUGUGUUUAAUUUUUCAGUGAACGUUGGUCCUUAAUAAUAUGAGGAUUUUCGAAUGUCCUCGUUUUAAUAAUAUGAUUGUGACUGUGAUAAUCACCGAUGUAUAUGUUCAUCGGUUUGAUUUCCAGAACUACAAGAUCCAAGUAGUUAUGAUCAUGUUUUGAAUAUCAGUGCAUACAUGUCAUGUUUCGCUACAC